UUUUAAUUACAAAAAAAUCCAAUAUUUAUAAUCAAAAAACAAAUAAUUACGUCCCAAAUCAUCAUUUCCAAAACUACCAAAAAAAAGAAAAAGAAAAAAAAACCAUAUAUAGCAAUCUUGAAAACGAGCUUCUUUCCAAAAAAAAAACAAAAAAAAACAAAAUUUCUAGACCUAAAAGUAGAAAUCAAAAUAAAAAAUCGAGUUUUAGUAGAGUAGAAAUUGAGUAAAAAUUUGGUAAAUCAUCAUCAAGAUCAAUCUCUGCAAUAAAAUUGAGGUGAAAAUGGAGAAGAAAUUGAUGUAUGUAAUGGCGGAGCCGCCGAAAGAUGUGAACAAGAAUACGGAGUGGGUGACAUAUCCAGGUGUAUGGACUAUCUACAUCUUCAUUGUGUUCUUCGCAUGGCUUCUUGUUCUCUCUCUCCUCGGUUGUUCUCCUGGUAUGGCUUGGACCAUUGUUCAUCUUUCUCAUUUCUUCGUCACUUAUCACUGCUUUCACUGGAAGAAAGGCACACCAUUUGCUGAUGAUCAAGGCAUGUACAAUGGAUUGACUUGGUGGGAGCAGAUUGAAAAUGGCCAACAGCUUACUCGCAAUAGGAAAUUUCUCACUGUUGUCCCUGUGGUAUUGUACUUAAUUGCGUCGCACACUACAGACUAUCAGAAUCCAAUGCUUAUCUUCAACACUCUUGCUGUUUUUGUGCUUGUGGUUGCCAAGUUCCCCCAUAUGCACAGGGUUCGUAUUUUUGGGAUAAACGGAGAACACUGAUUAAUAAGUUCGCUUUAUUUAAUACAUGUCCAGCUUCAGCUGCUGUAAGAUUCUUCAUUUUUUUGCAUAUAUUGGUGUCUUAUUUAUAGUGAAAAGGGUGUAUUAACCAAAAUUUUGGCAAGUGUUCUGUGGCGUAUCAACUACUGUUGGUUGCUGAGCCGAUAUGUGCAAGAGGGGUGUAUUGAUCUCAACAUGCGUCCUUAUUCACUUGCGUGAAUUUAUUUAUUCCUCAUGAAAUAAAUACCUUUAUCCAUUAAUGUCA